UAGGUGGGGACGCAAGAAAUCAUUUAGCUAACGGUAGCUAGCCAAGUGAUUUCACAUAUUUGGAUAUGAAAAAUAUAUAUGUCCUUUUUUUGUCAUCAAGCAUGGAUGCAAGUUAACGAUGACGGGAGAGAAAAAGAAGAAAAAGCGGCUUAAUCGAAGCAUUCUUCUGGCUAAGAAAAUUAUUAUAAAAGAUGGAGGCAGUGCUCAGGGGAUUGGCGAGCCCAGUGUCUACCACGCUGUGGUGGUCAUUUUCCUGGAGUUCUUCGCCUGGGGGUUGCUCACCACUCCAAUGCUUACGGUGCUGCACCAGACGUUUCCUCAGCACACCUUCUUGAUGAAUGGGCUGAUUCAUGGUGUUAAGGGUCUGCUGUCGUUCCUCAGCGCCCCCCUGAUUGGGGCCCUGUCGGACGUAUGGGGGCGCAAGUCCUUCCUGCUGCUGACGGUGUUCUUCACCUGUGCGCCCAUCCCUCUCAUGAAGAUCAGCCCCUGGUGGUACUUCGCGGUCAUCUCGGUGUCCGGUGUCUUCGCCGUCACCUUCUCUGUGAUCUUCGCCUACGUCGCCGACAUCACCCAGGAACACGAGCGGAGCACGGCCUACGGAUUGGUGUCGGCCACCUUCGCGGCGAGCCUGGUGACCAGCCCGGCGAUCGGGGCGUACCUGUCACAGGCGUACGGCGACACGCUGGUGGUGGUGCUGGCCACGGCCAUCGCCCUGCUGGACAUCUGCUUCAUCCUGGUGGCCGUGCCCGAGUCACUGCCUGAAAAGAUGAGGCCGGCGUCCUGGGGGGCGCCCAUCUCCUGGGAGCAGGCCGACCCCUUCGCUUCGCUCCGCAAGGUCGGCCAGGACUCCACGGUCCUUCUCAUCUGCAUCACAGUGUUUCUGUCCUACCUGCCGGAGGCCGGCCAGUACUCCAGCUUCUUCCUCUACCUCCGACAGGUGAUUGGGUUCAGCUCGGAGACAGUCGCGGCGUUCAUCGCGGUGGUGGGAAUCCUUUCCAUCUUAGCACAGACGGUGGUUCUGGGGAUUCUCAUGCGCUCCAUUGGGAAUAAGAACACCAUCCUGCUGGGCCUGGGCUUCCAGAUCCUGCAGCUGGCCUGGUACGGCUUCGGAUCCCAGCCCUGGAUGAUUUGGGCAGCCGGAGCGGUGGCGGCCAUGUCCAGCAUCACUUUUCCAGCUAUCAGUGCCAUUGUGUCCCGCAAUGCAGACCCCGACCAGCAGGGGGUGGUUCAGGGAAUGAUCACAGGUAUUCGGGGGCUGUGUAACGGACUGGGUCCGGCGCUCUACGGCUUCGUCUUCUACCUGUUCCACGUGGAGCUCAACGAGAUGGACGCAGUGGAGAGUCCGGACAAGAACCCCAAACCCAACAUGGCCAACCCCACUGACGAGAGCUCCAUCAUCCCGGGGCCGCCCUUCCUGUUCGGCGCCUGCUCCGUGCUGCUCUCCCUGCUGGUGGCGCUGUUCAUCCCCGAGCACAGCGGCCUCAGCCUGCGGCCCGGCGGCUACAAGAAGCACAGCAACGGUGCCCAGGGCCACGCCCACAGCCCGCAGGCAGGGGUCGCCGAGGGCAAGGAGCCCCUGCUGGAAGACAGCAGCGUAUAGCCCCAGCGGGGUGGGCGGAGAGUUCGAUCCUCCUCAACCAUCCCCGCUUACCCCACGCUCUGUGUGUUCCCCCUCCCGGGCACAAGGGGACGCUGUUUCCCACGAGGGCUCAAGUGGGCCCACCUCUCAUCACCUUCCUCCCUGCCAGUUGGCUGAUGAGACACCAGGUAGGGCCAAUGAGUUGGCUGGGUGAAGGUUCAGAGAGAAAGGGGGCGGGGACCUACCGUAAAGUAUCAGGUGAGGAGGGCGGAGUUAGGGGGCUGAGCCUGUUGUGAUUCUGCCCCCUGCUCCCUCUGGAAUGCCAGGCACUUGCUGUGAGCAGCACAAGGACUCCUGCAUAUUUGGCCUUUGGUUUGGCUGAAGGAAUAUUGCAGUCUUGCUAAGCUAUCUGU